CAGGGGAUUUCUGCAAAUUGGACAUCGCUGACGGAAAUUGUGGUAAAGACUGCGUCGGUGGAUCCCUGGCAGCUGGUCACUGACUUGCUGAGCAGCCCCUUGACUGAGCAACAGGCUAAGGAGAAGCAGUUUAAAGAAGAGACUGACUGAGAAGGAACCUAUCGACUUUAUAUCCAUGACCUGUGGAGAAGCAGACACCAUGCUUGCCAAGUUCACAAUCAUCAUUGUCAUCAUAGGGGGUUUGGAUGUUUGCCGAGGUCAGACGUCCCAGCCCACAGUGAAGGGACUGACCCUGGAACAGAAGAAGAUGAUGACAUCGCAGUACGAGUGCUACAUGAAGAUGAUGACAGACCCUCCAUUUGAAGGUGAAGGUGUGUUCUGUAACCGUACGUGGGAUGGCUGGGGAUGUUGGGGGGACACGCCAGCAGGGACUGAGGCAGAACUCAACUGUCCUGACUUCUUCUCCGACUUCGACACCAGCCUGAGAGCAAGUAAGAAGUGUAUGAGAGAUGGGUCCUGGUACCGCCAUCCUGAGAGCAACCGUAGCUGGUCCAACUACACCAUCUGUAACGCCAACACACGCCAGCAUCAGCAGCGACACCUGAGUCUGUUGUACAUCACCCUGGCAGGGUACGGCUUGUCUCUGAUCGCCCUUGUCGUGUCACUGGGUAUCUUCUUCUACUUCAAGAGUUUAAGCUGUCCACGUAUCACCAUCCAUAAGAACCUGUUCUUCGCCUUCAUCCUGAACUCCAUCCUGUGGAUCAUCUGGUUCACCGUGGUCGUACCCGACAAUAAACUUCUGAAACAGAACCCGGUAUCUUGCCGUGUGCUCCAUGUGCUGACUCAGUAUGCCCUGGGGUGUAACUACUUCUGGAUGUUGUGUGAGGGCAUCUACCUUCACACCCUCAUCGUGGUGGCCGUUUUCUCCGAGAAGGGAUCCCUCCUCUGGUACUACCUGCUAGGAUGGGGCUUCCCAGCCAUUCCAACUAUCAUCUACACUGUGGUCAGAAGCAUCUACGCUGAUGACAAGGAGUGCUGGAUCAAUGCUAGCACCAAGCUGUUGUAUGUCAACCAGGGACCAAUCAUUGCUGCCCUCUUGGUGAACCUGUUCUUCCUGUUGAACAUCCUCCGUGUGCUGAUCACCAAGCUACGAGCCACCAACACUCCUGAGACUAACUCCUACAGGAAAGCCGUGCGGGCCACACUGAUCCUGGUGCCUCUGCUGGGGGUCCAGUUUGUCGUGGUUCCCUUCAGACCGACUGACGGGACCACCGCCGAGGUCAUCUACGACUACGCCUCCACCGUCCUGAUGAAUUAUCAGGGUUUGUUCGUGGCCUUGAUCUACUGCUUCUUCAACGGCGAGGUCAUCGGCCAGGUCAAGAGAAAAUGGCGGAACUUCCAGGCGGAGCGAAACCGCGGCGGGAGGUACAGCCAGCACCGCGGCUCGCACUCGCACUCUUUCUUCGCCGCCACCACCACGACCACCACUGGGACAGAGCUCGUCCCCUUCAACCCCGGGCACAAGAACGACACCAACGGAUCGCACAUGUCCGGCCUGAAAAUGCCGAUGAUUCCAGAAAAAGACAGUUUGGAGGAGAGGAUGGAAGAGAACAGUGUAUAGCAGAGAUGUUUUUGCACAACGAAAAUCACACAUUGCUGUAAGUACAGGAGAUAGGGUUAUACUUUCAUUCACAACACUCGUAGAAAUAAAUGCUACAUGAUUCCUGUGCCCAUGAUUCCAGAGAAAGACAGUUAGGAGGAGAUGAUGGAAGAGAUCAGCAUAUAGCUGAAAUGUUUUUGCACACACACAGACUCAG